AGGCAGCUCCGGUGGCCCAAGCGGGUUGGCCUCCUCCUCUUCGGGCGCGGCCCUGCCAUCCUACAAGCGACCACACAACCAGCAUGGACGAGGAAUCUCGUCGCAUCGCUGUGGCUUGGCCUGGCAUGCAGUACGUCUGCCUUCCACACCAAGUUCUCCUAUCCUCUGCCAGCAGACUCGAACAUCUCCGUCUUGGUGCAGCAGUGGUUUCCAGAGGCAUGCUCGAGCAUGGAUGCCGUAUCUCGAGCUUGCCGCAGCCCACGGCCUGCGUGGACAAAAGGUCUGGUCAUUCAGAACAUGCGGAAGCAUGGGCCCAACAACACCGUGUACGAGGAGUGUCUGCGCACUCAGUUUGCUGGCAAGCCGUUUCUCAUGCAGCAGAACCUCUCGAAGUGGACCCAGUCGCUCUUGUACAGCAACUGGCCCGAGGUUGUCGACGAGUUGUCUUGGGCGGAUGCUUGGAUGCGAGACGGCACGUGCACCGGGCUGGACCCCGACUGCUUCUUCAAAGAGGCGGUCGAGAUGCACCAGAACGUUGGAACUUCCGAGAUUAUCCGCCUUGCUGUCGGGCAGAGCGUGAGAACUAUCGAUGUCCUGGAAGCCUAUGGCAGCUCUGCCGUGGUCCUGAAGUGCCAUGGUUCGAAUCUGUCGGCGGUCUACACUUGUUGGUCGGGGGUGCAGCGCGUGGACUGCCCUGAAGAGCUGCAGGAUCGGCUGAGCUGCGGGCCGCAGCUCUACGUCCACGAUUUCGACAAGAGCUCGGGGCAGAGCCAGUUUCUGACCUGCGUGUGGCUCGUGCAGUACGUGGUCCUGCUAUGCCGCUUCGCGGGGAGCUGGAGGGCAGAUUGCCGCGCCCAGAGGAGGGCCCGCCGCGCCCGCCGGCCAUGCUGCAUUUGCACCUGGGCGAGCCUUGGGCGGUUCUGCCCACGUGCGCUGAGUUGGCGGGCGGAGGCGCCGCCGCCGCCGGCGGCGGAGGCGAGCUCUUGCUGCGAGAGCUGUCCGUGCUGGUCCCGAAGAACUCCUAUCCAGUUUCUGGGCGUGGUCCACGCGGGCACCGGGGUCUUCAGCGAGCUGUGGGCGAUUCUAUCUGACGCAGCAGGCGAAACAGGCCUCGCCAUGUGGCCCUGGCUAAGCGUGCUGGAGCUGGAGAGCAACUUGCUGAUCUCAGUGCUGAUGCUCUUCUGGUACUCGUACAUGUGCCACAUCCUGGGCUGUGCAAGAAAGCGGCGCGUCUAUUACAUGGUCUUCUUUUGGACCUGCCUGGCGCUUGCCUGGGCUGGCUUCUACCUCAAGGUCAACAUCAUGCGAAGAAGCGUUCAGGACAUGAAGCAGGUAGAGAUGGACCCUGUGACAUCAGUCAGCUUGAUGUACUACAUCAUCAACUUGAUACUCGAGGUGGUGUGUCUGUUUCAAGUGCUGAAGCUGCAAGGAGCGUUGAACCGAACGGGUGCGUAUUCGUCGAUCCUCAAGCGUGUGGUCGUGAUCAAUUUGGUCUCCGUGAUAGCUUCAUCGGCAAUGUUAUGCGUCCACAUUGAUCGAAGGUGCCUCCGGGGAGUCACCGCCGCCACUUGCCCGUCCAGACACGCACAGGGUAGCCAAAUGUUGGGCCACACGUUGGCCAAGCUACUGAACUGUGCAUUCAUCCAGCCGGUGCGGAGACCAUUCGGGAGCCAUUUGGCACCGAUAUUCCACAUUACGAAAUCGGUGCAGCUGCAUAAUUUCAAACUACAUAUAAGAUACGUGCAGAAGUUCCUGUCGAUUUACGUGGAUGGCUGGCAUUCUUGGACAAUGGGCUUGCUCUUCUUCAUUCGGUACGUGAGCGUAUCACUCUUGAUCGAGGACGUGUCGAAGUGUGACAGAGUGAAUCGUGAGUCUGAAAUUCGCAGCGCUCUUCAUUUCGGACACAUCGAGGCUCUCCAGAGCUAUCAGUUCGGGCAUGGAAGUGCCUUGAUCAUCAGCAAUUCACAAUAUCCAGAAAGCGGCAGAUACCAGCCUCUGACAAAUACCGUCGAUGGGAAUAACUACGCGGAUGCGCUUGAAUUCAUAGGAUUCGAAGUGUACAGUAGAGGCACAUCCGGGGAUCCGCAUUGCGAUUUGACCGCGACCGAGAUGGCCCGCCUGUUCGAAGAGUGGAUUAAGCACGCGAUUCAGAACGAAGUUGAUGCCAUCGCCUUCGCUUACAGUGGCCAUGGUGAGAUGGACGCCAUCGUGGGCGUGGACGGAGCCUCUCUACCCAUCCCGACAUUGAUGAACAUGUCUUCGAACGGGGAUCUGUCGGUCCCGAAGCUUUUCUUCUUCGACAGCUGCCGGGGAAACUCGACGGAGACUCGGCGUCCCAGUCGUAACGAGGUUAGCUACAGCAAGAUUCUGCGGUGCAGUCCACACGGACCUUCCGCCCUGGCGGACUGCUUGAUGUGCUUUGCAACGGCUCCGUAUUUUCGAGCCCACUCGGAUGCAAAUGGAGCGGGCGCGUUCUCGAAGAUCCUGUGCCACUAUGUGCGGACCCUGGCGGAGAGCGGAGACCAUGACGUGGAAGAUGCCAUCAAGCUGGCGAGCGAGGAAGUCAACAAGCAGCGGGUCGGGCGGUGCAGGAUGCAGUGCCCCACCUACGAGUCGUCGCUGACCAGGCGCUUCGUGAUGCGGAAGCGCGCGGACCUCGUGGGGGUCUCGUCGUCCUACACGUUGAGCAGCGCCGGUGCGUCUCGCACACAGUUGACGGAGGUGUCGCCAGUUCGGUCGCCCAGCUCGCCUGCCGUUGCUGACGUCGCUCGUGGACCUGUUGCCCCUCACGGAGAUGAGCAUGACACUGCCGUUCCGCAGGCUGGCAGUCGCUCAGAUGGUUUCCUCCGUGCCGUGGAUCCUAGUGAUGGUCACCCACUUGGAGGUAUCUGCAAUCAAACUGUUGCUGACCCCCAGCGCGAGCGUGACACUCAUGCCUUCGAGACCACGGAUUAGAGGUUUUGCACCAUGGGGACAGAAUCAUUGGAAGAGCGCCUCCGUGCGGCAACCAUGGCCGACCCGACUGCCGCCUGGUCUGCAUGUGUGGUGCCAAGUACAGAUAUAGCGCCCCCCCUCCUGAUCGCGCGCUGGGGCUUCCGAGUCUUUCGCCCCCGUCCUGGUCUGGGGUCGAUCCAAGCAUCCCUCUCCGCCAACUGUUUGAGCUGCAUUCGGAGCGCAGGCGCGAGUGCAGACACGUACACACGCGCGUGCACGUGCGUCUGACCUGUCUUAUGCGAUAUACAUGAGCUAAGGGCCUCGGGGGGGCACGAGGCGUGAAGGGCGUGCCGCGCUGACCUCUGCCUUGAGCUCCCUGAGGGGACCAGCGGAGCGCCGCUGCAGAGAGGCGCCGGGCACGACGUGCGCAGGUGGAGCGCCGAAUUUGUUUUCAAGGCUCCUCGGAGCCGCACUGGGAGGAAUUCGGGAGCCUCUGCGCAAGCAUGGUUCACAAGGUGCGAGAGUCUCCGCGUCCGUCUUUCCCGUCAUGAGGACCAGUCUCCACUUGCUUAGGCCAUUCUCGCUGUUGCUCUUUCGCGCGCGAGGUGAGGCAAUUCGGUGACCGCUGCCCGUAGUACGACUCCUUGC